AUGAGUUCUUCUUCAUCUCAAGGGAUUAUGCAACCUGGUUCAACAAAUGCGGCCCUACCAGUAAUUCCUAGCACAUUUCCGAAGUUUCAGGAGCUAUCCUUUGAGUUACGCGAAAUGAUCUGGAAAUUGACCUUACCUGGUGCUCGAAUCAUUGAUGUAAUUUACGACCCAAACCAGGACAAGUACUCAUCGUUCCAUUCUAAACCGCCCUCUCUAUUGCACACAAAUAAAGAAGCCAGAUCGUUUGCACAGAGAGUCUACAACCUGUGCUUUCCAACACCAUCCUACCCGGCGAAUAUUUACAUCAGAUAUGAUAUCGAUGUUGUCUACUUCUCCGACUGGCUUACGGGCUAUAAAUAUGAGGAGAACGGUUGGUUUGAACAUGUUAGCAUUGGUCCGCUAGGUAAGAUGGGAAUAGGAAGACAGGAUUUGAAAUCGAUUACAAGAGUAGCAGUCAACUCAAUCUAUUUUGACGUACCCGAGAGAUUUUCGACCAACAGCAUGAAUUAUUUCUGUCACGCUACAUCAAAUGUACUCGCCAGAUUCAGUUCCUUGAAGAGAAUAUACGUGGUUGUCGAAGAUAUUAACCCCUAUCAGAAAGGGGAAAUUACAUUUCAUGACAUUCCCGCAAAUAUCCGUCUUCAUCCUCCAGUUUUCUGCGCCUUCUGCGGAGCUCACGAAAUCGUCAGAGGUUUUACAGACGUGAAGUGGGACUUGACUUGCACUUGGAGAGUCCCUUCCGUUUCGGUUGUAGGAGCAGCUCGUGAUGGUAAACUAUCACACAUGGGUCAGUAUCAACGUUGCGAGUGUAACAACUUCCCUCAAAUACCAGGUGUGACUUAUCAACACCCCCCAUGCGAGGAGUACCGCCCAAAGCCAGCUAAGAUCGCUGGUCAACUUGGUGACGUUGAUGCCGAUGACGAUAUACCUAAGUUAGUCGAAGAUGAUUUGCCGGAAGAAGAAUGGGGUCUCGCCGAGAAUGAGCUGGAUGAACUAAUCUCAGACGAAGAGGCCUAUUAUACAUUCGUUGCUGAGUAUUGUGAGGGAGAGUAUGGAGUUAACCAUGAGAAGUGGCUUGGCAUCGACUAUAUGUUGAGCCGUCCUUUCUUGUGAUCUAGUAUCUAUCCUAGGGUUCUUGGAAACACCAAGAUAUCUAAGGUUGGAUACGAAAAGAAGUAUGCUAUAGUAUAUUACCGGAGUUUUCCUGGCGUGUAUACCAGUAUGCCACAUACCCACAAUUUGGUGGUCAUAUCUGUUCUUUGUUCUUCCUUGUUCGCUUCACUUUGUCUUUAGGAAAUGAUAUGGAGGGUUACUUGAUUGGUGAUCUGACAGAAGCAGAGUUUCUGAGUUUUCCAAUUUCAGAUCAGACGUCAGGAGGAUUGAUAAUGUUUGAAGGGGCCGUUUCUAUGUGGAUGGGAUAUCAGUUGAGAGAAGCAGUUUUCAUAUUUUCAUUUGUCGUUUGCAGUUAUGCGACGUCAACAUAAUACUAGGAGUGUCUAGAUCUGUAUUUUAGC